AUGCGUACUCCCGCACUCCUCUCCGUGGCGGCGCUCUGCCUCAGCCCCACUCUCGUGUACUCGGCACCGGUUGCCAGCCCCGUCCCGCAAAACGCCUACUCUGGAGCCGCUGGUUCGGCCAACGGAGGCUCGGUCGUUCCUACUGGGCACACGGCGGACGCAGACGGACUGAACCUCCUCGGUCUCGGCUUGCUCGACAUACUCUCCCACAACGCCGGCGACGGUGGCUCUUCUACUACCGGGGACGCUGUCACUCACGUUCACAGGAGGACGAACACCUACUCUGGCGCUGCUGGCUCAGCCAUGGGUGGUCGUGUCGACAACACCCCGGGAUUGCUGCGCCUCUUCUCUGGCAAUGCGGGCGACGGCGGAUCUUCUCUCAGCGGCUCGUCGGGAGUCCCUUCGCGUAUCCAAGCUGUGGUUGACUCAAAAUCUCCGUUUGCAGGAGGAUCUGCUCAGGGCGGAAGUGUGAACGGCACUGCCCUGUCUUUGUUGAACUUAUUCUCCAACAACGCCGGCGACGGCGGCAAAUCGCAGUCUGGACCAGCCGGAGGACUGAGCUCGGUCGCUGGGAACGGCGCAACUUCGAAUGCUUACUCGGGCCAAUCUGGAGCAGCUCAAGGAGGCAACGUGAACGCCGCCUCCGGGCUCAUCAACAUGUGGUCCAACAAUGCAGGAGAUGGAGGUUCAUCUACCAGCGGUAAAGCUGGUAGUCUACUUGCUGCUCGAAGCCGCCUCCUUGCCCUUCCUUUGGAUUCUCAAACCGAAGGCUUGCGUUUACGCAGCCGGUCAAUGACGUUCUCAGCUGGAGAGCAAGACGAUCGGACGAGCGGCACUAACUUCAAGGCUGCAUCCGCUAAAACCUCUGGAACGACUGUGGGAAUGUCGGUCCACAACCCCUCCGUUUACUCUCGAGACUCGUUUUCGGGAGCUAGCGGACUUGCCGAUGGUGGAGAUGUUGCCGGAGACUCUGGAGUCUUGGGAUUGUUCUCUGGCAAUGCUGGCGAUGGUGGCGUUUCUGCAUCUGGUGAUGCCAUAAGCGACACGCUCCAGAACAACAAUCCUACUCCGGUCUUCAGCGGAGACUCAGGUCAAGCGAAUGGCUCCGGUGGUUCCGGUCAAGGCGACGACGACAUCGACCCUGGCCAGCUGUCCCAUGCAACAGCUGCCUAUCCCUCCGAUCCUGCACCCACUCCCGUAGGCGAUUCGGGUUCGUCCUCUAACGGUGAUAGCGGCAACGGCGAUCUCGACGGGAGCGACGGCGGAGACAGGAAUGACAGCGGCAACGGGGGCAGCGGCAGUAGCAGCGACGGUGGCGACAACGGCGGCGUCGGCAUUGACGGGGGCGCAAGCAAUGGCAGCGGGAACGGCAGCAAUGGCAACGGCAACAACGGCACCGAAGACGGCAGCAACGGCAACGGCAGCAACGGAAACCUAAACGGCGGCGGCGAAAAUGGGAACGGGAACGACGCCGGGGACGACAGUGGAAACGGCGGCGGCGGCGACGGUGGCUCCGGCAUCAACAACACGGAAGGCUCUCCGCCAACGUUCGACGGUUCUAACCCGGAUGACAAUUCCCCACCUCCGCCCCCACCUUCGGCCUCAGAUAGUGAUCCGUCUGGCGAUGGCAAUGUUGGCAGCGAUGACUCUACCUCUUCCCCUCCAGCGAAUGGGGAUGGGAAUGCGGUCGGCGGCGCGGCCCCCGAUGGCAAUGGGGCGGCGCCGGCUGCACCAGCCGCAGAUGGCUCUCAGUCCAACGCUACUCCCGGGGGUAGCUCCGGUCAGGGUGUCGCCUCGAGUGCUUACUCGGGCGCCGCAGCCCUCGCCCAAGGUGGCAGCACGUCCGGAUCGGGUUGCACCUCGCUCAUCAACAUGUUCUCGAACAACGCAGGCGACGGCGGUUCUUCGGUUUCUGGUUCUGCUGGUAUGGCGGCUCAGGGAGGAUCGAGUGCGCCAGGUAGCGCGAUAUCCGGGGCCGCCGGCGCCACUCCUGGCGGCGACGUCAACGGUGCUUGCGGGCUGAUCAACAUGUUCUCCAACAACGCGGGAGACGGUGGUUCCUCGGCGUCUGGCUUAGCAGGUGUUUGAGCAUAUCUCAUUGCUUUCUGUGCACUUGUUUCGUGUUCGAACGUAAAACUUAGGCAUUAGGCUACUACGCUUUGUAA